AUGCCCGAUGCGCCUCUUGAGGAUAUUGAUGUGAAGAGUGAUUCAGAAGCAGAAACAAUCGUACUACCAGGCAAGGAUGGCCACUCGCCCUCGAAAACUCGAAAAUCGAUUAAACACGAAGACAAGAGUGACGAUGAAGAUAUCCGUAAGCCGUCCGAGUCAAGGAAGCGGGAAAGUCUAUCACUGGAAGCACUUUCUCAAAACGAAAAUAACGCAGGAAGGCGCAAACGUCCCAGGGUAGAAUCAUUUGAAUUAAGCAAAUCUCAUCCUAGCAACGGAAGAUUAUCCAACCUACAAGAAAAAAGACACUCGUCUCUGCCCAAAUCCUCUGCGCCAGAAUUGAGACUUGACAGAUCGCCAUCGCCACCUUUAUCCACUCUUGACAGCCUUGACAAGGCUAAAUCCGUUGAUAGAGCUUUUCCACGGGACAAACAGAAUACAUCAGACUCUGGUGAUGACCAUGUGGAUCGCGAGGAUCGAAAACCAGAGCGACAUCACAAUACUGCCUUGAAUGGUACUCAAAGUAAAGAAAAUACUCCAUCCUUAGACAACCAUCCAGAAAGUACAGCAGGCGCCGUGAAGGAACGGUCGGAGUCUCCUCACCACGGACGUCCUCACAAACGCAGUAAUUCUACUCAAUUCCCCUUAAAGUCUAUCCAUGGUUCGAGCCAUAGGAGAGGGCGAAUACCACCUCCUCUUCUAUCUACCGAGUACCAAUCCGACGACUCUUCUGCCAGCGGGCGUUCACAUCCUCGCAGCUCCCGACCGCGGCAACGAACAGCCCCUGCUAUUAGAGAUUCUAUCAUGACAUCCGCCGCCCUCCGUGAAAGAAAACGGACAGAUAGCUCAGGCGCAACGACGUUAUUGCAACUUGUCCGGAAGGACAAUAUCACAGGAGUGACAGAUGAAUUGAACAAGCACCCUCAAGACUUAAAUCAGGCAGAUAAUGCAUUGAACACACCACUGCAUGCUGCAAGUCUUGUAGGUUAUGUUCAAAUUGCGAAAUUGCUCUUGGCCAAAGGAUGCACUGUGGACGUAGUUAAUGAGGCCGGUGACACACCCCUUCAUGAUGCCAUUGAAAAUGGUCAUGUUGAAGUUGUGAAACUACUUCUGGAGCAUGGUGCUAACCCGCGCAAGGCAAAAAAGGUGGGGGGUGACGAGCCUAGUGACCUAGCAGCGGCUUAUCGUGGGGGAGAAGACGACAUGGCGUGGGAAACGAGGAAAGACAUGCAACGGCUUAUUGAAGACGCCAAGAUUAAGAGUGAUGCGUCCGGAAAUAAUCUCUCGAGCGAUCAAGCAACUGUAGAAAGUGUAGAUCACGAUACUUCCUCAAGAUAUAGCCCUCGCCACAGCCCUACGUCCGAAUAUCCUAAUGUCCCGAACCGUAUACGGGCACGCUCGAACAAAACUACGGACCAAGAUCUAUAUCGAGACCUGAGUAAGGUGGAAAUGCUUCGUGAGGCAUGUCAAAACGCAGAUUACCAAAAUGUUUCCAAGUGGUUAGAUGUUAAUCAGGGUCGGAAGGAUGCCAAAUCUCUUCUCAUAGCGGCAAAAGCUGGCGACCUCUUUGCUGUCGAGCUAAUGCUUGGACUAGGUAAUUUUGAUCGCGACCCCGAACCUUUAAGGAGUGAAGAUCCCCGCUGGUCUACUCCAAUGCUUUGUGCUAUUGAUAAAGGACAUAUUGACGUGAUUAAAUGCCUGCUUUCAGGAGAUUUCGACCCGACUAGAAGAUGGAAUAACAAAACUUAUUAUGAAAUCGCGCAGGAAAGAGAGAAGAAGGGUCACAACUAUGACAUAGUCGUUGAAAAACUUAAAGAAGCUUUCAAUAAUUAUUCGAAACCAGCUAAACCUUCGCCCUCUAAAUCUCGGUCUCCUAAACUCCACCGAGACGCCGAUCGCGGCCGUGAUUCCAAACGGCCAGUAAGGAAUGCCCGUGAUCGGUCUUCACCGUCGCGAAAGAGAAGCCCUUCAAAAAUGUUGGACAGAGGCACAGACUCACAGAAAGGUCAGCAUGGAAGUAGUUCAUCCCUUCGUCAAAGCCACAGCGCGCAAAACCAAGCAAGAAGGGGUCCAGGACGACCAAGAAAGGAGGAAAAUACCGCACUGCAUUUGGCUUCGGACACGGAAAGCACUCCUCUAGGACCCCCUAAGAAAAAGUUGCAAGCACCAAAGGUAACAGAACCCGAUGCUGCUGCAAUGUCAUCUGAGAAUGAACCUUCGAAGCCACGGCGUAAGCUUGUUUCUGGAAAAGAGCUGAAAGGAGAGCGGGAUAAACAAAGACGUGGAAGUGUUGCAUCGAAUGUGUCUACGACAUCUGUUUCAGAUCGACGCGGGGUAGACGAGGUGAAGCAUGCAGAUAGAAAUGCAAGCAUCGCGCGAUUAAGCGAACCUGCCGAUGAAGACCUAGCGUCAAAGCGCCUAGGCACGGAGACAGGUUCUGACAAAGGCGAAAGACACGACAAAACCAAAGGUACAAAACGAGAUAGUUCCAAAGACAGACUCGCCUCUAUCCGCAGCGAAAAAAGCCCGAUAAAACGACAACGUCGGAGCACAACACCGCCUCCCACAGGUAUACUUGACACAAUAGCUACCACUGAGGUUGAUGGAGCUCCAUCGAAACGCCGAAGGUUAGAGGGACUUUCGAAACACGUAGCCAUGGAUCAGAACACACCAAACUCGUCUCCUGAGCGUCCAGAGCCAAAUUUUGAUUCAAUAACUUCUCAGGACAAGUCAAAUCCAAAGACUACAAAGGAGAACACAUCGAAAGCUUCUUCCAAGAGCGCGGAAGAGAGUGAGACAUGUUUCAACAAAGAGAAUGAAGAAGCUCAAGCAGCCAUUUUCGCCGAUCUAGAACACAAGAACCAGGCAAGACUGGCUCGUGAAGUUCGGGAGGCUAAACAGCAGGCCAAAGAAGCGAGAGAAGCUCGUGAGGCGAUAGCAUUAGACGAAGCGAGAGAAGCGAAGGAGAGAGAGGUAAAGGAGAUAGAAACAAAAGAAAGAGAAAUGAAGGAAGCGAAGGAAGCGAAGGAAGCCUAUGAAGCCAAGGAGGCUGAGGAAAGACUAGCCUUCGAGGAGGAAGUUGCCAAGCUAGAACAGGAAGAAGAAGACCGGAAAAUACGACAAGCCCAGGAAGAGCGCGACAGGGCAGAGCAAAGGCGGUUGUAUGAUGAACAGAAAAGAAUAGAUCGAGAGAAGUCGGAGCAAAAGCGGGCUGCUGCGCAAGAACGAGAACGACUUGAGAAAGUAAGACAGGCGCGGGAAAAGGAAGUAGAAAGAUUAUCGAAACUGCCGCUUCUACUUCGAGCGUUUGAUCAACUUCCGCAAUCUGAGACGCUCAAAAUUGCUUCUUUGUCCAAGUUUAGGAUUAUAAAAGGAUAUCGAUAUGAUACGAUUAGACCAAAGGCAACAGGCCAACCCAGUGGUCGGGAGCAAUGGAUGCUUAAUACUGACGUUGCGUUACUGCUAGGAGAGAAAGAUCUGGAACUAUCGAGAUCGUGGGAGCGUAUCCCAUUAGAGAUGGAAGUCAAAGAAGCUAUAUGGCCACUCGCGCACGCAAAAUAUUCCCGUGAUCCUUUUACACCAGACAUCCUCCUCAAUUUGCAUGAACGUCUUCGCCUGGAAGAACAAGCCAAAUCUUUAUUCUUUGGGCUCGAUCUUUUCUUCGUGAAAGUCUCUGAAUUUAUGUUCAUUGUACCAAGUUUCCCUCACCUACGAGGUCUUGAAAUGGCUGUUGAAUACCAGGAGCUUGUGCCUCUAGGCGCACAUCCUCUUAACAAAUAUGAACAAGAUUUGGAUUACGAUCCCAGCAAUCCAUUCUGGCCUGCUCCCCAAAGAUACAUCGAUGGAUUGCUAGUUACACAUUCGAAAAUCGAAACAAAAACGAGUACGAAACCUUUCCCGGAAUCCAAAGUAUCAAGACGAGAACUAUCCAACGACAAAGAGCUAAUCGCUUUAGCAUUGGCCAGGUCACAAAUGCUUUGCAACUCGAGGUCGAAUUAUCGGCCAUACAUGGUACCGCAGGAUCAAGACAAUAUCACCCCACCACACUCUGACCGAUCUAGAUCGCUCCACGAAGAAGGUUUGAUUCAAGAAUCUACUUCUGACGUAACCAACCUAUCACAUCAUCUUGAUCUACCGAACGGAGCACCCACUAUUCUCAACGGAAACAUGCGUACGGCGGAUAUACUGGAAUGA